AAAACUGAAAGCAGGCUCAAAGAUUGAUCAGCGGUUCUUGAAGAGCAUGCGUACRAAUGGCUAGAAUUCAAAAUGGCGGACGGAAAGUGUCUAAGCGUUUUGAGAAAUAUUGCAAGGUUUUACUUACUUUAGCAUUGGUAGGAUACGCCUUAGGGACUUGCUAUGCCAUUUUUGCACUAUGGCCAAAGGGUCACGAAGAGAAAAACCAGUUUGGUCAAGUAAAAUCAGUAAACAGGACUUUUCCACCAGUUCCCUAUAAAGAUGUGGACGUGGAAGUUUGGGGGAAGGCGGCAAUAGGAUUGUACUUUUGGCAGCAUGUUUUUGAAGGCCCCUUGGUUGAUAGAAUGGGCGGUAUGUGGAGUUAUGGAGAAAAGACUGUUGGGCCAUUCAAGUUCAAAUUUCGCACUGGCCCUGGUGUUAUCUCUGAUAAGGUCCCACAAGGAAUCAAGCACCUUGUUUUGAUAUUAAAUGGGCGUGAACAAAGCAAAAUAGAUUUUGCGAAAGUUUGGCUGGACUCUUUACAGAACUUUGACCAUUUAAAAAACGUUGCAGUAGUGUUGCUAGGCAACGAAUAUUGUGAUAAUGGCUGGUUUGAAGAGUAUAUGAGAAGUCAAGGUGGAUUGGUAAAAUUAGCAUUUGUGGUGUAUGACAUUCCAAACAGAGACAACAGUGUAUUUUUCCAAUGGCCCCUGGGAGUAGCAACAUACAGAAGUUUUCCAAAUAUUAAGCCUUUCAAAGUGGAAUUAGAAAAGCCACGAAAAUAUAUCUGUAAUUUUCUGGGAACUGUUUAUGAAAAUUCUUCAAGGGUGCUUUUGAGAAAGAUCAUUGAAGUUCACAAGUUGGAUCAAGUUUGUUAUGUUCAUUACAGAGAGAACUGGCUCCCAAAAGAGAGUACUGAGUCUAAAAAUCAGUAUCAUAAUGCUCUCGCAAAUAGUGACAUCACUUUAUGUCCGGUAGGGAUUAAUACUGAAUGUUACAGAAUAUAUGAAGCUUGCUCCUAUGGAUCUGUUCCAGUGAUAGAGGAUAUCAUGACCCCUGGGAAUUGUGGGAAGGAAGGAGGUUUAUCUCCUUUGUAUAUAUUAAAAAAAUAUAAAGCUCCUUUCAUAUUUAUCAAAAACUGGGCAGAAUUGCCAAAGGUUAUUGAGAGUGAAAAAUUAAUGAGUCAAUAUGAGCUUGCUGAUAGAAGAAAAAUGAUUAUCAAUUGGUACAAAAAAUUUAAGGAUCAACUUAAAAUUCAUUUUGUGCAGACUUUAAUCAAGAAAUUUGAAAUAUGAAUUAUUUUUGUCCCAUCCAUGCUAUAUUAAUUGAUGAGGGUAAUUUGAUAUUAUACUAGUAAGUUCUACUAACUCAUUUAAAAUGUGGAAUUUACAGUGAACUGUGAACACCAUAAAAUGCAUACUAUAAUGCAUCCCUUGAGCCAAUCAAUAGACCUCCUCGGCUCGGGCGUAAUAAUUUCCCAUUUCAGACCACGUGGCAUUCCCUGGAGAAUAAGAUUCUUUGUUUGAGUUGUGUCAAUACUCAUGUGCCUUCUCAUGUUCAACGGAGCUCAAGCAUUAAACAAAUUAAUGAUACUCUAGGAAAUGACACCUGGGGG